UCGGCUCGUCUUAUCCAUGUGGCUCCUGAAGAGUACUCCGUGUUAACGAAUUUAUCUUUCCUAUUGACCAAAGCCCGCAGUCUUCACCUUGUGACUUUCACUUUAAAAUCCGGAGAUGCCUUUGCUUUACUCAUGAGAAGUAGGAAUGCGCAUCAUGUUGCAGCGCAGCCUCCUGUGCCUUACCCAUCUUCUCGGGACUAUCUUCGCGUACACACCACUGUCAGACGACUCCCUCAAGAGCCUCCCCGGACCCGGCGAUGACUUCGACAUCAAAACGGGUACCAUCCUUUCGCCUAUUCUGAAAGUUCGCGUGCCAGGGACCGAGGGGAUUACGGCUGUGCAACAUCAUUUUAUAAAUUUUUUCCAGAACACGCUCCCCGAAUGGCAUCUAGAGCUACACAACUCGACUGCGACAACACCGCUCAGCAAGGGCGAAGCAGUUCCAUUUGUGAACAUAAUAGCUACACGAGAUCCACCAUGGGCAAGACCUGGAGACGUCGGCCGGCUGGCCCUCGUCGCACACUAUGAUUCGAAGAUAACACCGGAAGGGUUCAUUGGGGCCACUGAUAGCGCUGCGCCGGUUGCAAUGAUCAUGCACGCUGUGCGGAGCGUUGAUCAAGCCCUUACUAAGAGGUGGAAGGAUAUGCAAGAGAAUGGAGAUUGGCAAGACUCAUUGGAACCCGAAAAGGGAGUCCAGGUCUUGCUGCUUGAUGGAGAGGAAGCUUUCGUAAGCUGGUCAGCUACGGAUUCGCUCUACGGAGCAAGGGCUCUCGCUGAGAGCUGGGAUGGAAGAAUGCAUACUGCUGCGUCCACCUACCACAAUUUCUUGGAUUCGAUCGAAUUGUUUCUUUUGCUCGAUCUUCUUGGCUCGAAAGAACCACAAAUUCCAUCCUACUUCAAGACGACACAUUGGGCAUAUAAAGCCAUGGCAGCGCUGGAGAUGCGUCUGCGAGACAUGGGCGAGUUCAAGUCUUCACCUAACCACCAUUCGAAGCGCAAGCCUGGUGACGCUAAGAGAAAGGAAAAGAAGUUUCUACAUGAGGCUGAUAAGGAUGACAGCCGCUUUAUGGGCGGCUUUGUUCAAGACGACCAUGUUCCAUUCAUGGCUCGAGGGGUCGAGAUCUUACACAUCAUUCCCACACCUUUCCCUCGUGUGUGGCAUGAAAUGACGGAUGACGGGGAGCAUCUUGAUAUGGACACAGUGGAAGAUUGGGCUAAGCUGGUCACGGCGUUCGUCAGCGAGUGGAUGGACCUCGAAGGCUAUUUUGAGCACAAACGGGACACAGAAGAGAUAGCGCAGUUAGCAAGGAAAGGGGAGAACAUAGAAGUGGACGAACACAUACGAAGAACUGAACUGUGAGUCCUGUUCGCUAUCCUGGCUGCUGCUACUGCGACUGCUACUACUGAAAUUGAAAUACCUAUUUGUGCUAAUGAUACCCAAGGAGCGCGCCAUAGACAUUCAUGAAUGGUGUAACGUCGAUCUAUACAUCCUAAAUAUCUGUCCAUUGUCACAAGCAUGCUCUGAGCUUAAAUUCUAACUUAAUUAAGAAAAUCGC